GACGUGUGAGGAGUCUGAGCAGCUCGUUAUGGACACUCACCCACCUGACGGCGCUGCACAUCAACGACAACAACCUGAGCCGCAUCCCGCCGGACAUCGCCAAGCUGCCCAACCUGGUCUACCUGAACCUGUCGUCCAAUAAGCUCCGCAGCCUGCCCGCCGAACUGGGCAACAUGGUCUCUCUCAGGGAAUUGCUUUUAAACAACAAUCUUUUACGAGUUCUGCCUUAUGAACUUGGGAGGCUUUUCCAGUUACAAACCUUGGGGCUAAAAGGAAACCCUUUGUCCCAAGACAUCCUCAAUCUGUACCAGGAGCCGGACGGAACCAGAAAGCUUUUGAACUACAUGCUCGACAAUCUAGCAGUGCACCCGGAGCAGCUCCCCCAAAGACCUUGGAUCACUCUGAAAGAGCGAGACCAAAUGAGUUCCACAGCUGUGUUCACGGUCAUGUGCUACAACGUGCUGUGUGACAAGUACGCCACGCGACAGCUGUACGGCUACUGUCCAUCCUGGGCGCUCAACUGGGAGUACCGCAAGAAAGGCAUCAUGGAGGAGAUCACCAGCUGUGACGCUGACAUCAUCAGCCUGCAG